UUCCUAGGGAAUUACAAUAAAUUCAACAGAGAACUUAUUAAAACCAUUAUCUAAAUUCCAAAGACUACUAUUGUAUCUAAGUUUUUAGAUUAUAACAAAAAGUCUAAGUUGUAUAAUAUUUUAGGUAAUGUAAUAAGCUUCAGUUUACUCAAUCUGGAAUUGUAUCAUACUGUAUUAGUCACGAAAUUACCACUAUUGAUUAAAUACAAAUACUUGUUUGUAAGUUAUCAAUUAUGCUGAUUGCUAGGAAAUUAAAAUUGAUAUUUAUUCAAAGGUCAGUUUAUUGGAGCAGUUUCAUUAAUUUUAAAAAUUAUUACACCAUGUAUGUUUUGUCACUACGCGCGGUUACCAUAGCGACGCGAUGCACACAAUUUCCUCGACGAAUCGUAUCUUGGCACAAUUUGAUAAAGUAAUCAUAUUAGAAUAAAAUCUACUGAACUAAUAAUGGUUCUUAAUCGUUUACGGAUUGCAUAACAGGUGUAGCGGUGGCAAGUUAUAAAAUUGCGUGUUUUCAUCCGCGGGGAAUAAGUCUACUAAAGUCUAAAGUUGCAUCUACCAGAAGUAUGUCAUCAAACAAUGUAAUGUGAUUCCAGUGUAUUAAUCGAUUCUGGAUCGUCGGAUAUACCGUCGAGUCACAAUGGUCCGUGUGGACGGCGAGCAUGCGGAGCUGGCGGUGCUGGGGCAGUGAGCGAGGCCGCCGGAGCCGCAGCCGCAGCCAUGAACCGCUACGUGGUGCUGCAGCAGCUGGGCGACGGCACCUACGGCUCCGUGGUGCUGGCGCAGCGCCGCGACUCGGGCGAGAAGGUGGCCAUCAAGCGCAUGAAGCGCAAGUACUACUCCUGGGACGAGGCCAUGAACCUGCGCGAGGUCAAGUCGCUCAAGAAGCUCAACCACGCCAACAUCGUGAAGCUGCGCGAGGUCAUCCGCGAGAACGACACGCUGUACUUCGUGUUCGAGUACAUGCGCGGCAACCUGUACCAGCUGCUGCGCGACGCCGAGCGGCCCUUCGCCGAGCCCGUGCUGCGCAACAUGCUGUACCAGGUGCUGCAGGGCCUGGCGCACAUGCACCGCCACGGCUUCUUCCACCGCGACCUCAAGCCCGAGAACCUGCUGUGCGCCGGGCCCGAGCUCGUCAAGAUCGCCGACCUGGGCCUGGCGCGCGAGGUGCGCUCGCGCCCGCCCUACACCGACUACGUGUCCACGCGCUGGUACCGCGCGCCCGAGGUGCUGCUGCACGACACGCGCUACGGCGCGCCCAUCGACCUGUGGGCGCUGGGCUGCAUCGCCGCCGAGCUCUACACGUGCCGCCCGCUGUUCCCCGGCAACUCCGAGAUCGACCAGCUGCACAAGAUCUGCGCCGUGCUCGGCACGCCCGAGCGCGACGACUGGCCCGAGGGCUACGCGCUGGCCGACGCGCUGCGCUUCCGCUUCCCGCCCGCCGCCGGCGUGCCGCUGGCGCGCCUCGUGCCCGCCGCCUCGCCGCCCGCGCUGGCGCUGCUGGCCGCGCUGCUGCGCUACCCGCCGCGCGACCGCCCCACGGCGCCGCAGGCGCUCCGAUUCCCGUAUUUCGCAGUGGGCGCCGCAUUAAUUCUUCCACCACCGGCAUCGAGAGCCCGACGGAGUGGCUCCCGGGCGGAGGCUGAAAACGCGCCGCCGAUCAUGCAGCAGCCGGCGCCGCAGCCGCCGCCGCCGGCGCAGCCCGCGCCGCUCAUGCGCGACCGCUUCGCCGAUAUACUCGGGGGCGAGGUGGUGCACGAGGCGGAGGCGCGGUCGGAGGCGCGGCGCGGGCGCAGCGUGCUGGGCGCGCUGCAGGUGGCGCCGGCGCCGGCGCCGGGCGCGGCGGCC